AUGAUUCAAUAAAUCUAUUCAUCAAAAAGCAAUAGUUAUUCAUAAUAAAAAAGGUAAGAAAGAAGGAAUAUGGAUAGACUUAAAUCAAAAAGUUAGAGAGUAAGAUAUUUCUUGUCAUAAAGUAUUUUAAAGCAGCAUACAUUGAAACAAGUGAAAAUUGA